AUGUUUUUGUCGAAAUUUGGCCCUUUUUCUCCCUCUAAACAACAAAAACAGACAUUUAUUAAUUUAAAUGUUUCCUUAAAACUCUCUAAAAUUAAUUGGAUAUUUUUCUUUAAUUUAUUAUUUUUAUUAUUUAUUGAUGUGAUAAUAGCAGAAGAACAACCAGAAUUUAAUAAUCGAGCUAAGAGGCAAUAUUAUGAUGAAAAUUAUUAUAGCAGCUAUUAUGGAUGGUUAGUUAUAAAGGGGGUCUUUUAAA